AUAAACCACGAUGGAUGAAAGGUCGUUUUUUCACUUUAUAAAUACCCAAUUCUUGGCCACUUUGCUUUUAUUUUUCUGAUAUCUCCUUCCUGUUCUGCUAAGUGGAAGAGAAGAGGGAAAGAAAGAAAUUUUUUUUUGCAAGGGCUGAAACAUCUGUUGCAUCCUUAAUUAUAUUCUCCCUUUGUUUCCUCACCAGGUUGCAAACAUGGCUUUUCCAAACCCAUCCAUGUCAGUUUCUCCACAGAGGAAGAUGGGAAGGGGGAAGAUUGAGAUCAAGAGGAUUGAGAACACCACCAAUCGCCAAGUCACCUUCUGCAAGCGUAGAAAUGGGUUGCUCAAGAAAGCAUAUGAGUUAUCUGUGCUUUGUGAUGCAGAGGUUGCUUUAAUAGUCUUCUCUAGCCGUGGUCGCCUCUAUGAAUAUGCUAAUAACAGCGUCAAAGCAACGAUUGAGAGGUACAAAAAAGCAUGUUCAGAUUCAUCUGGUGCUGGAUCUGCUUCUGAGGUUAAUGCUCAGUUUUACCAGCAAGAAGCAGAUAAACUUCGUGCACAAAUUAGUAACCUGCAGAAUAACAACAGGCAAAUGAUGGGUGAGUCAUUGGGCUCUAUGAGUGCCAAGGAACUCAAAAACUUGGAGACUAAAUUAGAAAAAGGAAUUAGUAGGAUUCGUUCAAAAAAGAACGAGCUGCUAUUUGCUGAAAUUGAGUACAUGCAGAAGAGGGAGAUAGACUUGCACAACAACAACCAGCUUCUUCGAGCAAAGAUAGCUGAAAGUGAAAGGAGCCACCAUAACAUGGGUGUGUUGCCUGGAGACACAAACUAUGACUCUAUGCAGUCUCAGCAGCAAUUUGACUCUCGUGGCUAUUUCCAAGUCACUGGAUUACAACCCAAUAAUCAGUAUGCACGUCAAGAUCAGAUGUCCCUUCAAUUAGUAUGAUGUGUUUAGCAUUGAGACUUGAGAUGUUCUGCUACUUGUAGUUUGCCUUCUAGUAUGAUAGCAAAUGAAUGGUAAGGGUAAUGUAAUUAAGCAAAACUGUGUAGGGGAUUUAAGCAACCUCUGAUCAUUACUAUAUAAUAUGGCUUUGUAGACUUUCUAAAGACUAUUCUGUAUCUAUAUAUUGUGAAACGCUCACUGAUAUGUUAGUAUGUGUCCUAAGAGUAUGGAGAAGACACCUUGCAUGUUUUUCAA